CUGGGUAAUCGCUCGCCAUCACUUCCCCUCGGCAUUUUUUUGUGAAUGGAGCUCAUUAUGCAUGCAGCUUCCACGCAGCUCCAUUCACAAGCCGCGCUCCCUCCUCUCUGCAGGCUGCGUGGGUCCCACUAACGCAGCCUAAAUGACCACAAACGGUUAACGGAUGGAUUAUAAGAUGGAUGGAUAUUUGGACCAGCAAGUGCCUUACACUUUAGCAAAUAAGUCGCAAGGAAAUGGGCCCCUAAAUAGACUGUUGAUGGCUGCAAAAAGGAAAUUCAUGGAUACAGAAUUACCCCCUCAGGAAUCUGAAGACCUCUUCCAGGAUUUAAGCCAACUUCAAGAGACAUGGCUCACAGAAGCUCAGGUUCCUGACAGUGAUGAGCAGUUUGUCCCUGAUUUUCACUCUGAAAACUCCGUGGCGUUUCAUAGUCCUCCAGUCACCAUCAAGAAGGAACCGCAGAGCCCAGGCUCUGACCCCAGCCAGUCCUGUAGCCACAAACAGAGCUUCAGCUACCCCAGUGGAGAGCAGUGCCUUUAUGCCAGUGCCUAUGAGCAGAAAAGGGCUGCAGGAGGAGCAAAGAGCUCCUGCCCAGGAACCCCCAUCUCUCCUAUGCAACAGCAUUAUUCCCCCAAACCUGCAGCAGCUGGACGACCUGAUGCCGGCUACCUGAACCCAGCUGCCACUUCCCAGCCCCUUCCCAGCAACAAUUACCAAAUCAACCCCAGUUCCAGGUUUCAGAGCCCUUCAGGAGACCCCAUAUGUCCCCCGUUCCCCCCACAAGGGCAGCUCUUCCCGCGCAUGCCAUCCGGACCGGGUGGCCAUGGGAGCAGUGGAGGUGGAGGGCCAGGGGGUGGUGGUGGUGGCGGCGGCGGCGGCAAUGGGACAUAUAACCGGCAGCACUCUGACCCCUGCAUGCCAUACCUGCAGCAAAGCUUUAAGCAGGAAUAUAUGGACCCGCUGUAUGAGCGGGCAGCUCACAUGGCGGGGCCAGGACCUGGGCCAGGACACGGACCUCACCCCCACCCACACUCCCACUUACACCGGUUCCCACCAGCCCACAUGAUGGUCAAGCAGGAGCCCACAGACUACACCUACGAACCCGAUGUUCCUGGAUGUCCCUCCAUGUACCACCACAAUGAGAGCUACCCAAACCCCCAACACAGCAAUGAAGGGUAUCUGUUUGAAAGUGACUCCCGUGUGGUACCGGAGAAGUUUGAAGGUGAGGUCAAACAGGAGGGCGGUGGUGUUUUCCGCGAGGGGACACCGUACCAGCGCCGUGGCUCCUUGCAGCUCUGGCAGUUUCUAGUGGCUCUUCUGGAUGACCCAGGCAAUGCCCACUUCAUUGCCUGGACCGGCCGCGGCAUGGAGUUCAAGCUCAUUGAACCGGAGGAGGUUGCCAGGCUCUGGGGCAUGCAGAAGAACCGUCCAGCCAUGAAUUAUGACAAACUCAGUCGCUCUCUGCGCUAUUAUUACGAGAAGGGAAUCAUGCAAAAGGUGGCAGGGGAGCGCUACGUUUACAAGUUUGUGUGCGAGCCUGAGGCUCUCAUCUCCAUGGCCUUCCCUGACAAUCAGCGGCCCAGCCUGAAGGCCGAGUUUGAGCGAUACGUCAACGAGGAGGACACGGUGCCGCUGUCACACCUGGAUGAGGGAGUGACCUACCCCCCGGAGCAAGCCCCUCCAAAUGUGGGCCCCCAGCCCUACUCCAAAGGCUAUAUGUACUAAAGCCAACCACCUCUCACCUGCCCCCCCACCCCCCAACGUCAGACAUCCUCCAGCCGUUCCAACCCACCAUCCAUCUUACACAAACCCAGCGUCCCCCCUUGCACAUGUCCUCCCCGCCCACUUGUACAUAAGGCUAUGGUGAUUUUGUUUUUAAAUUAAUCUCAUUAGGGAUCUUUUUGUUUUUAAGAGCUGCAUUCCUCUCACAUCAGAGGCCUACUCAAUACUUAAACAUGAAUGUGUUUGAAGAGGUUGCUUAAUAAUAAAGAUCCAUAAUAAUAAUACUCAAA